AUGGAUAUAGCCGGUGCCCUGGGAAGUCUGUUCGGGGUGGUGGACACGAUCCACCAGCGAAUCGGAAGCCGCAAGGUCGGCAAGGCGAACCUCAGCUUCGAGCUCGUACGAUACAGAACAUAUCUACGUCCGGGGGAACAAGAGUUGAUCGCUCUGGGUGUCAGGUCUGAACUCUGCUAUCCGACUGCCGAAAGACUGAUAGAAAUCCACUCCGCGAUACUGGAUUGGUUCGAAAACACAAAGUUCAAACAAUGGUUGGCGGGGAAGAAGGCCACGCUUCCCAACUGGUUCUUGGACAAGAAGGCGAGUGCUUUGAAGGAGCAUAUUGACAUUAUCAAAGAGACGAGAGAUCGUUUGUUUGAUGAGCUGCAGGGCGAGGUUUGCGAUUUUUAUUUCUUGAGUUCGAAAAAAGUAUUGGACAUGCUCUGA